AUGGAAACGAAGAAUGAGAUGAGUAGGGGAGUAGUGUUAUGGAGCGUAGUAGUGAUGAUGACGGCAAUAGUGGGAGGAAGCAGGGGAGAGCAAUGCGGAAGACAAGCAGGGGGUGUGGUGUGCCCAGGGGGUCUAUGCUGCAGCCAAUACGGGUGGUGCGGCUCAACCAUCGACUUCUGCGGCCAGGGAUGCCAGAGCCAAUGCACACCCGGGGGGAGCGAUCUGAGCAGCAUCAUCCCCAGGAACACCUUCGACCAGAUGCUCAAACAUCGGAACGACGGAGCCUGCCCGGCCCACGGCUUCUACACCUACGAUGCCUUCAUCGCAGCAGCGAAGGCUUUCCCCAGCUUCGGCAACACCGGAGACACGGCCACUCGCAAGAGGGAAAUUGGGGCCUUCUUGGGCCAGACGUCCCACGAAACAACCGGGGGAUGGGCCAGUGCGCCGGACGGCCCAUACGCUUGGGGAUACUGCUUCGUGAGGGAACAAAACCCUAGUCCCUACUGCUCCCCGAGCACCCAAUUCCCCUGCGCUCCCGGGCAACAGUACUACGGCAGAGGUCCCAUCCAGAUCUCCUGGAACUACAACUACGGAGCCUGUGGAAGAGCCAUCGGGGUUGACUUGCUCAACAACCCAGACCUGGUCGCCACUGACCCUCUCAUCUCCUUCAAGUCAGCCAUCUGGUUCUGGAUGACGCCCCAGUCACCCAAGCCAUCCUGUCACGACGUCAUCACCGGACUCUGGACCCCCUCCUCCGCCGAUCAGGCCGCCGGCAGACUCCCCGGCUACGGCACUGUGACCAACAUCAUCAACGGCGGCCUCGAAUGCGGGAUAGGACAGGACAGCAGAGUCCAGGACCGCAUCGGCUUCUACAAGAGAUACUGUGACUUGCUCGGCGUUGCUUACGGCAACAACCUCGACUGCAACUCUCAGAGGCCCUUCGGCAAUUCCCUUCUUCUCCAUCCCCUCAUCUCCUCUCCAUCCUCCUCUUCUCAUCGUUAA